GUGUCACGUCAACGCUUCCGACUUCAAGCACACGGGCUUUGAGGAAGUUCCACGUCACAUUUGGCUGCAGUCCGUGCACAAAACUGCAGCCGGAGAACACAUCAGACUCUCAGUGGAUGAUAUAAAAUACUACAGGUGAAGGAGACCAAAACCAGCAAACACAAACAUGCCUCUGAGGCUGGACAUCAAGCGCAAACUCACGGCUCGAUCUGACCGUGUCAAAAGCGUAGACCUUCAUCCGUCCGAGCCAUGGAUGCUGGCCAGUCUGUACAAUGGCAGUGUCUGUGUGUGGAACCAUGAAACACAGACUCUGGUUAAGACUUUUGAAGUCUGUGACCUUCCAGUAAGAGCCGCCAAAUUUGUUGCCAGGAAAAAUUGGGUCAUUACUGGUGCUGAUGACAUGCAAAUUCGGGUUUUCAACUAUAAUACACUAGAGCGAGUACACAUGUUUGAGGCCCAUUCAGAUUACAUUCGCUGCAUCGCUGUUCAUCCCACCCAGCCCUACAUCCUCACAAGCAGUGAUGACAUGUUGAUAAAGCUCUGGGACUGGGAGAAGAAAUGGUCCUGCAGUCAGGUGUUUGAGGGCCACACACACUAUGUUAUGCAGAUUGUCAUCAACCCUAAAGACAACAACCAGUUUGCAAGUGCAUCGCUGGAUAGAACCAUCAAGGUUUGGCAGCUGGGCUCUUCCUCUCCUAACUUCACUCUGGAGGGCCAUGAUAAGGGGGUGAACUGCAUUGAUUAUUACAGUGGAGGAGAUAAACCCUACCUCAUAUCUGGAGCUGAUGACAGACUGGUCAAGAUUUGGGACUAUCAGAAUAAGACAUGUGUGCAGACGCUCGAGGGUCACGCUCAGAAUGUGUCUUGUGUAAACUUCCACCCAGAGCUGCCAAUCAUCAUCACUGGAUCAGAGGACGGCACGGUUCGUAUCUGGCACUCCAGCACUUAUCGUUUGGAGAGCACCCUGAACUAUGGUAUGGAGCGGGUGUGGUGCGUGUCUGGCUUGCGCGGCUCCAACAAUGUGGCAUUGGGCUAUGAUGAAGGCAGCAUCAUUAUCAAGCUCGGUCGUGAGGAACCAGCCAUGUCAAUGGACACCAGUGGAAAAAUAAUUUGGGCCAAGCACUCUGAGAUUCAGCAGGCUAACCUCAAAGCCAUGGGAGAUGCUGAGAUCAAGGAUGGUGAGAGGCUGCCACUGGCCGUGAAAGACAUGGGCAGCUGUGAGAUCUACCCUCAAACCAUCCAGCACAAUCCUAAUGGAAGGUUUGUGGUGGUGUGCGGAGAUGGAGAGUACAUCAUCUACACCGCCAUGGCUCUGAGAAAUAAGAGCUUUGGAUCUGCACAGGAGUUUGUCUGGGCCCAUGAUUCAUCUGAGUAUGCGAUUCGGGAAAGCAGCAGUGUGGUGAAGAUCUUCAAAAAUUUUAAGGAGAAAAAAUCUUUUAAGCCAGACUUUGGAGCAGAAGGCAUCUAUGGUGGUUUCCUGCUGGGUGUCCGAUCAGUGAAUGGCUUGGCUUUCUAUGACUGGGAUAACACAGAGCUGAUUCGCCGCAUUGAGAUCCAGCCCAAACACAUUUUCUGGUCAGACUCCGGUGAGCUGGUGUGCAUUGCCACAGAGGAGUCUUUCUUCAUCCUGCGCUAUCUGUCAGAGAAGGUGGCUGCAUCACAGGAAUCAAAUGAGGGGAUUACUGAAGACGGUAUUGAAGAUGCUUUUGAGGUCCUGGGAGAGAUUCAGGAAGUGGUAAAGACUGGUCUGUGGGUGGGAGACUGUUUCAUUUACACCAGCUCUGUCAACAGACUCAACUACUUUGUUGGAGGAGAGAUUGUCACAAUUGCUCACCUGGACAGAACCAUGUACCUUCUGGGAUACAUUCCAAAAGACGACCGUCUUUACCUGGGUGAUAAGGAGCUGAACAUAGUGAGUUACUCUCUUCUGGUGUCUGUCCUGGAGUACCAGACUGCCGUCAUGCGCAGAGACUUUGGCAUGGCAGACAAAGUGCUGCCCACCAUCCCGAAAGAACAGAGAACCAGAGUUGCCCACUUCCUGGAAAAACAGGGUUUCAAGCAGCAGGCUCUGGCUGUGUCCACUGAUCCAGAGCACCGGUUCGAGCUGGCGCUACAGUUAGGAGAGCUGAAAAUUGCGUAUCAGCUAGCAGUAGAAGCUGAGUCGGAGCAGAAGUGGAAGCAGUUGGCAGAGUUGGCCAUCAGUAAGUGCCAGUUUGGUUUGGCUCAGGAGUGCCUCCAUCAUGCCCAGGACUAUGGAGGACUGCUGCUGCUGGCCACUGCAUCUGGCAACGCCGCUAUGGUUGCCAAGCUUGCAGAGGGGGCAGAGCGUGAUGGCAAAAACAAUGUUGCCUUCAUGACCUACUUCCUGCAGGGAAAACUGGACAACUGUUUGGAGCUUCUGAUCAAGACAAAUCGUCUACCAGAAGCAGCCUUUCUUGCCCGCACAUAUCUGCCCAGCCAAGUAUCCAGGGUGGUGAAGCUUUGGAGAGAGAGUUUGUCAAAAGUAAAUCAGAAAGCGGCAGAGUCUCUGGCAGACCCCACAGAGUAUGAGAACUUGUUCCCAGGCCUGAGAGAGGCCUUUGUGGCAGAGGAGUACCUGAGAGAGACCUGCCUCGGCCAAACAAGACCUGCCUCUGACUACCCACUGGUCACGCCCAAUGAAGAAAGAAAUGUGUUGGAAGAGGCCAGUGGUUAUGAACCCAAAGGAAUUAUCCCCACUCCCACGCAGCAGGUAAAGGACGCAGAGGAGGCCCCAGAGGAUGUGGGAGUUUUGGCCUCGGUGACGGCAGCCGUCUCGGCUCCAGUAGUUGCAACAGUGCCUACUAUGAGUCAUGCAGAAUCCCAGCUUGCUCAGAAGGUUGAGGAGAAGACACAGAAAGAGCCUCCCAAGACAACAGCAGCAGAACAGAAGGUUAUCGAUGAUCUGGAGGAUGAUUUGGAUAACAUGGAGCUUGAUGACAUUGACACCACAGACAUCAAUCUGGAUGACGACUUCUUAGACGACUAAACCCUCAGCACUGAAAGCAUUGAGUUUAUUUAUGCGACCAAACCUUUUUUUAUUUGUUCCCGUUAGACCUGCAGAGCUGAAGUCUAGGGUCAACUGGGCUGAAUAUAAAUACGUCUUUUAGGGCGUACCACCAAUGGAAAGACAAGGAGAAAU